CCCAGGGACACCUGGAUACUCUUACAGCCACCGUGGAGUCUCCCAACCUGCCAAAUGCUCCUAGACCUGAUAGCAGCCAAGUCUUGUGCCAUCUCUCCUGUUCUGUUGGAGUUUAAGAAAGAAGAAAGAAAAGCUCCAAGUACUUGCCCGAGCCGCAUUUAAAACCAAGAGUUCUUCCCGUGAUGCGGGAUGACGGGCAACUAAAGGCAAAGACAACUGCCCAAAAACCGAGGCAUUUUUAAGUUCAGCACGGGAGGGAGGACAUACACCGGGAUCCAAGCCUGGAUCCAAGCCCGCCAGUGAGUUACACAAGCUACUGUGCUGUGGACUGCAAAUAAGAAGAAGCAUUUGGAACUCAGAUAAGUGAUUGCCUUAGAUCACUUAUGAUGACCAGCUGAUCAUGCAGAAUCAGGAUUGAAUCUAAAGCCAGGAUUUGGUGCACUGUGGAGCUCUUAGUGGGAUUAUCUGUGUCAUGUGGCCACACAAAAGGGGUCAAGAGGCUUGGCCUGUAUCACUCAGAAGGAAUUGAAGAGGCAUCAAAGACCCACCUGAUGUACUGUCAGAGUUGGAAGGGUCCUUGGAAAUCAUAUUAGCAUUUUUGAGGACAUGAGUCUGCCUUAGACUCCUUAUAAAUAGAGCUUUACUCAACCACUGUAUGACUGGCAUCCUUGGAACAUGAAGUGGAUACUCUUCUUUGGGGCCCUUAUUGGCUCUGGCAUCUGUGACCGAGAAACAUUUUCUGGGCACCAAGUUUUCAGAAUUAACGUCAGAAAUGGAGAUGAGAUCAGCAAACUCAAUCGGCUAGUGAAUUCAGACAACCUUAAGCUCAACUUGUGGAAAUCUUCCCCUGCCUUCGGUCAUCCUGCAGAUGUCCUGGUCCCUUCUGUCAGUCUGCAGGAAGUCAAAUCCUUCUUGGAGGACCAUGGCUUAGAGUACUCAGUAGCUGUUGAAGACCUGCAGACUCUUUUAGAUACUGAAGAGCAACAAAUGCAACACAAUGUACAUCAAGAACUGAGCAGUAAUUGCUUUAACUAUGGGGCCUAUCACACCCUGGAAGCUAUUCACAAAGAGAUGGACAACAUUGUCAAAUAUUAUCCUCACUUGGCGAGCACAGUGACGAUUGGGCACUCAUUUGAGAACCGAUCGAUGUAUGUACUGAAGUUCAGCACUGGAAAAGGGAGACAGCGGCCAGCCAUUUGGCUGAAUGCAGGCAUCCAUGCCCGGGAGUGGAUCUCACCAGCCACGGCAAUCUGGACCGCGAGAAAGAUUGCAUGUGAUUAUGGGAAAGAUUCAGUCAUCACCUCCAUCUUGAAGAAAAUGGAUAUUUUCGUGUUGCCGGUGGCCAAUACUGAUGGAUAUGUAUACACUCAUACUCACAACCGAUUAUGGAGGAAGACACGGUCUGUAAAUCCUGGAAGCACCUGCAUUGGUACUGAUCCAAAUAGAAAUUGGAAUUCUAGUUUUGGAGAAGUGGGAUCUGCUGCCGACCCUUGCUCUGAGAUAUAUCAUGGACCCCAUCCCCAUUCAGAAGUGGAGGUGAAAUCAGUGGCAGAUUUCAUUAAAAAACAUGGGAACUUCAAAUGCUUCAUCGACCUGCACAGCUACUCACAGAUGGUGCUGUAUCCAUAUGGCUACACAGCUACGAGGGCCCAGGAUGCUGAUGAACUGGAUAUGGUGGCGAAGAAUACAGCCAAAGCUCUGGCUACCUUGUCGGGCACUCAGUACCGAGUGGGUUCUAUCUUCUCCAUUGUCUAUGCAUCUAGUGGGAGUACUAUUGACUGGGCAUAUGAUAAUGGCAUCAAGUAUGCGUUCUCUUUUGAGUUGAGAGAUACUGGGGACUAUGGCUUCGCUCUGCCUGCCAGCCAGAUCAUCCCCACUGCACAGGAAACCUGGCUGGGGCUGAAGACCAUCAUGGAGCAUGUGCGGGACAACAUCUAGAAGAGCCUCGUUCUGUCUACAUUUUAUAUCCCCUUGUGCACACACACAGAGGCCCUUAUUAAAGAGAGCUUAUUCCUUCACACAUGAGUCGGAGUCUUCUGGCUUUGUAGAGAACACAGGUCAGCCACCUGCCAGCCCCCUUCCGUGUAUUUUGUGCGUUCUGGCCGUGUGCUGAGAGAAGCACUUCUGCUAACCUGCUGUGUUUUGGUUCUGCUGUUUCACCGAGCUCUCUGUAUGCCUUUCCUUCCACAUAGCUGGGUGGGCAAGCCACACUUAGGAUCAACCCUUACUGAGUGGCAUGUCUCUACCUCAUUUUUAGAUCAAAAGGCAUGUGAAAUGGUUUUCUAGUUUCAUCUGAUCUAGCCACACCCAUGGCCUUGCUCUGGUGGGAGCCCCAAGGGAAGCGCUGUGGGAGGUAAUGCUUGUCUUUCAGACUGGUCUCACAGAUGUCACAGAACUUCCUUUAACUGAUCUCACUCCUUCUUGAACAUAUUUUUCUUUGAAAAAUAGAUCCCAUAAGUUCCUCAGUACAGGUCAUCCCCUUGUUUUGUUUUUGUUCGCUGUUAAUCUGAAUAUAAAAUAUAGACUCACAUGUCAUCACUGGGUCAAAAAUUCCCAGAUAUUACAAUUCUGAUCACAUUCUCCCCUUUAUUAUUCAGUGUAACUGGGAUCCAGAAAGUGAUCUGUGUCCUUAUA